UAUUAACGGGUUAUUAUGUCGCUUGCCGCUUGCCGCGCACCCCCGCCGCUCCGCCGCGGUGGAAGCGGCUGGAAUAACCUUGGUGUGAGCCCAGUUGAGCGGCAGGAGAGACGAGCGAGAGAAGCUGAACGGCGCGGCGGCGGCAGAUCAGAGAUCUCUGGGGUGAACAUGGCGGAGACCGUACGCUCGCUCUUCGACUACAGGGAGACACACAGCCUGGAGAGCAACGGAGAAGGCGUCAAACCGGCACCGCCGCUGCGAGGGCGCGGCUGUGGGAGGAAAAGGAAAGGGACGCCCGUGAAAGUCUUUGUCACACACAUUGAGGAAGAGAGCGUGCCUGAACACAGCUUCAGCCCAGGUGAUCGUAAAGAAGCAGCAGAGAAUAAGCGGUCCAUGCUGGACGGGCCCUUCUACAACACGGAUCCCGCUCCCCACUACUGCGGCCCAGUGGCGCAGCAGGCUCAUGACAAAGUCUCAGCUGGAUACAAGACCAGCUCCUGCUCGGCCUCCACGCCGGCCGCAGCUCCCGCCGCUUCCUCGGCCUUGACCCCGACGCCGCUGCCUGCUCCUGCACCGGCGACCUCGGCCCGGGCCCCGUCUCUGACCCCCGCAUCGACGGCUCCGGCCCCGUCGGCCGGCUCGUUCCCUCCGUCCCCGAACUGCCGCAUCCGGGAGGUCCACUGUGGCAGCCAGGUGCGGCUGGUCGUCAUCGCCAUCCGCGACAUCACCAAGGGGGAGGAGAUCACCGUGGACUACAGCCUGACAGAGUGGGGAGACAACUUGGGUUUCCGUGGGACCACGUCUCCUCCAGGGCAGCACGAGUGUAACUCCGACACAGAGAACAACAACAAUGUCAAAAAGGAGGAUGAGCCUCUCUCUCUGACAGCCCAGCAGCGGCAGCAGCAGGAGUACGUCACCCCCUCAUGGUCCCUCUCCCCCUCCUCCUCCCCCAUCUCCCACUCUGACGCCAGUGACUCAGACGCUGGAGACGAAGACAACGGCAGCCCCCGGGGGCGGGCGCUACGCCGGCGCAAGAAACGGCGCGGCGCUCAUUCAAAGAAGAAGACCCCCUACCGGACCCCGCCCGGGCGCCCGCCGUUGGUGCCCCCCACAGGCAUUCCACUUCACAACCGUUCACUCCCUUCAUCCCACCCUGCAGCGCAGUCCUCCCCUCCCUGCUCCUCCUCCUCCUCCUCCUCCUCCUGUUCCUCCUCCUCAGCUAAGUCUGUGUUCAAAGCUCCGGCUCCGCUGGGCUCCAACACCACAGGCAACGUCGGCUUGAAUAUCCCCAGAGGAGGAGUGUCCAUAGACUCCAUGCGCCAAACCUGUGAGCACUGUGGACGCCACUUCCGCUCCCUGGGUCGCCACUUGGAUAAGCACCAUGCCCACCAGCCGGACGUGUGCUCGGCCCUGGUGGAGCGCUACACGCAGAUGCCCCGCCUCCACGCGCAGAGCCCAAACCCUGCCACCGCUCACGCUCUCAGUCUGCAGCACUCUAUGGCAUCGCAGGCCACGGGUCAGGGCCCCGGCUCAGAUCUCACGCAGCUCGGUGUCCAGGACCUCUCCAUGCCGCCACCCACUCUCACAGCAGCCAACCAAUCCCUCGCCUCCUCUGGAAGAAACCCCACCCUGCCGGGGCUGACUCCCCCUCGAGGACAGAACGCAGUGCCGGUGUCGGUCCUGAAGCGAAGCCCGCCCCCUGUGUGCGCGCCGCCGUCGAGGAGGCUAAAGACAGAAAGGCCGGGGGGGGAGGAGGAGGACGAGGAGGACGAAGACGACGUGGAGGUCGUGGAGGUGAAAAGGCCCAAAGAGGAGGAGGAUGUCGAGGUGGUGUGCCCUCAACUCUUCAGCAACAUGUUGGCCAAAGAGAUGGAGCUGCCAAAAAUGGAGGAAAAUGAGGAGGACGAAGAGGAGGGGGAAGAGGACGAGGAGAAUGGAGUGAUGGAGGUGGAAGAUGAAAGUGGGCCAGAGGAUAAGGAAAAGGACUUGCUGAGCGGUUCGGGGCGUCACCACAUGCUGCCCCUCCUCUCGUCCUUGUCCUCCCUGGUGCUGUACCUUCGUCGGCUGCAGCACUCGGCCUUCCUGUCCCUGUCUCGCCAGCUCCAAUCGGCCGAGGCCUGGCGCCUCCUCUGCCACUCCAGCCUGGCUCUCCUCAUCCUGUACAACCGGCGGCGCGAGUGCGAGGUCUCCAAGCUGUCCAUCGCCGAGUAUCGCGCCCGCCUCACCCCACAGUGCCCCGUUCCCGUCCCGCCCGGCGCCCCGCCGGCUCUCACUCCACUGGAGGCCUCCCUGUCUCCGUUUGAGCGUCUGGUGCUCCCCCACCUCCCCAGAGUCGGGGUCCAGGGCAAACGUGGCCGCGUGCAGCCCCUCAUCCUGCCCCCUCACUGCGAGCCCUGCCUGGAGCUCCUCCUGGAGACGCGCCAGGACGUGGGAGUGGACCCGGCGAACCCGUACGUCUUCGCCAGGCCCUACCACUCCCCCGCCACGCCACUGCGAGGCACUGACCUCCUGCGCAGCCUGGCCCGCUCAAGCGGCACCCGCAACCCCCGCGCACUGACCCAGACCCGGGUUCGCCGGCAGGUGGCCAUACUGACCCAGCUGCUGCUGCUGGGAGAAGGGGAGGAGCCCGGGCAGCCCGGGGGCAGCGCGGUGGAGAGGCUGGAGCACUUCCUGGAGAGGGAGUACCACGUGACGCAGAACUGUGCCGGUAUUGGCCAAGACCCGGGCCUGAUGGGCCGGGUGGGCCGAGUGGUGCUCUGCGGGGAGAGGGAUGGAGUGCUGUUCAGAGGAAUGAGCCUGAACCACAUCUGCCUGGAACUGGACGUGAUGUCGGGAAACUCUGCUGACUCCUACUCAGAGGGAGAGUCCGACGGGGAGCAGGCGAAGGAGAAGACGGAGGCGCCCGUCCCCGCUCCUGCUCCUCCUCCCGCUCCGAUCCCCACACCCACCCUGCUGUAUGUCCGGAAGGGCAAGAACAACGGGCGGGUGGGGCGACCCAAGAAGCUCAAGAGCGCGCAGCCAACCGCUCCGCCUCCUGCUCAGGCUCCUACUGUGAACCGCAGGAGAGGCUCAGGUCAGCCCAAAUCAGGAAAGCGUGGCGUCCUGAAGCGGCCCUGGUCGGAGGCGGAGCGCACGGCGGUGGAGGAGCACCUGAACCAGAACAUCACGGAGCUCCGCGUGCCCGCCAAGGCCGACUGCGAGCGCUGCCUGCAGCAGUGCCCCCUGCUGGUCAGCAACCACCGCGACUGGCGAGCCAUCAAGUUCUACUGCCACAAUCGCAUCCAGCUGCUCAAGAAGAACCAGCGCCGGGAAAAUGAGCCCCUGCCGCUCAUCGUCUGCUGAAGAGGGGGGGGGGGGGGCAGGGCAGGUGACCAGAGCAGAUUCUCAAAUGGUAACCAGCUGCCCAGGAAACACACUAGUUUUGAGAUGACGGUCCUAAAUUUCAGUUUGUUUUCUAAUUUUCGAUACCUGACGGUCAGUUUUGUUUCAGAAAUCUGAAUGAUUUUUGUAUUUUUUUUAUUUUUUUUUCCUGCUCUACUUUAAAGGUCUUACAGAAAAUGACACUAUCGAGUCUUGAUGGGGCUCCUGGUUCGAGGGGGGUCACAGUGCAAUUCUUGUCUAAAAGCAGCGCACUUGGACGGGUGCCGUUUGAGACAUGCCUUGGGGGGGAGGGGGGGGGGGGGGGGCUUCAGAGACCAUGGCACUGGCCGCAGCCUUUGUUGUGUUGUAUAUGGACUUCUCUCCUUGGGAUACACUAAAAUGUACACGAGGGGGGGGGGGGUUGAACGUCCUGAAGUAGCGUCAGUGUUUUAUGCACUUGGAGACUUCAAUAGGACACACUUUCCUUUCUAGUGGCUAUAUAAUUAGAGCAGGCCUAACUACUUUUAACCUAGAAGAAUAACCAGAUCUUUCACGUGAGCUAGUUCGUCUUUUUCAUCCUGCUGACUGUGCAAUUCUGACAACGGUUUUGCUCUAUAUACUCAGACCAUCAUAUGUACGGUACUAGGUGAGGACUUUAGUUUAAAGUGGAACACGAGAUUACGACGGAGAGUUUAUUUAAUUUUUUUUCUUGACAAACUCCAGAGUGGGUUUCGUGAGAGACGAGGAAAAGGUCGCAGAAUGUAGUGCAGCUCCUUAAAGAUGCCUAAGAUGUUUAGUCAAGACACGGAAACACGAGAACUGUCCCGGAGACGCCGUCGGACCCGAGAAGUCGACAGCUCGGGUCGUGUUUCCUUUUGUUGUUUUUCCUGCCUGUUGCACAUUUGUUAUUCAAAGCAGUAAAAAAAAAAAAGAAGAAGAAAAAAGAAGUGCUGUAGGCCAAUGAGCAGGAUAUCACUUUAUAUGUGGAGAGGAGACUUCCCUUGGUUGUGUUUCAGUGGGCAUUAAUCAGAGACGUGGCGGUUCCGUUGGUUGCCACGUUAGUUGCCACGUUAGUUGCCACGUUAGUUGCGUUGUCUUUCCCCCGUUGGCCUCCUGAACUACACGCAGCUCCACCGGACUAGAACCUCCAUGAAACCUCAAGACAGAUUACUUGAAGUUAUUUAAAUCUUUUUGCAGAAUCUUUAUGUUCUCUCUUGCUCUAGCCGGGCCAGUUGCAUUGUACAUAAAAAAUAUAUUAUCAAUAUGGCUAACUGGUUGUUUGUGCUAGACUAAAUGUAGCCUUCAUUUUUUUUUUUUUCAUUUCUGAGCUAUUGCUAUCUGUAAAUAAGCCUGUUUUGUAAAUACUCAUCAGAGAAACAAAGAAAAAACACAAUGUAUGACAUGCCUUGGUUAUUGUGUUAUGUUUUUAUAAGUCUUAUAAAAAUGUAAAGCUCCA